UGGCUCUUCUAUUGAAUCAAACGAUCAAACGACAAUACAAACCGGGAAUAGUAUCGAGCGAACAUAGAGACAAAAAUGUAAACUAUCCGGUAGACGAAUGAUCGCGUGCUGCGAAUCUCGGCUCGAACGGUCACACCAGUAUACACCUGGACCCGAUUCAACGGCUCCCACAUCGGCACGAAGUGCAUGACCGAAGCUCGCAAAAUAAAAAAAAUGAUCCAGCUUUCGCGCCGAAAUAAACAAACCCGCACGAAGCUUUUUCAGUCGUUGGCCGUACGUCGGGAGGUUCGCACGUCCGUUCGCUGGUUCAAGAAAUUUAAGCGCGCCCUUUUCCCAACUGUAGUUUAUGCAAGUGCUACCCGCCUGUGUGUGUGUGUCCGCGCGUGUGAGUAGGUCAGUGUGCAUGGAAGAGUGUGCUAGACGAGAAACGGAAAAACCCAGUGGCUGUUAUUGUUGCCAUUAAUACGUAAUUUGGCUUUAUUGCCAUUGGUUUGGAAGCGAAUGUGAUUUUAUUCCAGUUUAUCUCUGUGCUGUUGGUGUGCCGUGUUGCACUUGUAUUUGUUUGUCCCGUUGUGCGUGUAUGCGUUUAAGUGAGUGGAUUAUGAAAAUCAAAGCCUCCGGCUGAUCACCUUCGCAUGUCAGAAGCAGCGGGACUGCAAGGUGUUGUCGGGGAGCGUCACUGCUCGUUUGUCAGCCAUUGGAAGCAGCAGUCGUAAAUGCGCGCAUGAUUUCGUUGCUGCAGUGCGAAUGUGUGUCCCAUCCCAACCGGGGACGGAAUUGCUACAAGAAGAGUGAGAGAAGAAUAACAAAAAAAAACAAACAAUUGCAGAAGCAGGCAAACCGUCUCUACGUAACAGAUGUCAUGUCAACCGUUCCCAUCCAUUCCCAUCUUCGGAAUGCAUCGCGUUUGUAUGGUGCUCUAAACGUUCCCUAGUACCUCGGUGUAAUAGAUCAGCUACGGUGCACAACGUCUUUGCAGUGCCGGUCCGAGAGUGUCGACGUUGGUUAGAUUGUGUCUGUGCGGUGCAUAAAUUGGUUCAGAUCACCGAUCGCAAACGACUAGUGGCGGCAAACUUCAGACCGUCCGGCUUGGAAGUGUGUUAUGAUGAGGCAAUGAGGUACGCGACUUGCUUAGUGUCCAUUUCCGACACGUGCGACUGUGCGAUCUAAGUGAUGUGAUCAGGUCGAUGAAGGCCCAUGUUGACAAACGGUCGGAAGUGACGAUUAGUUGCGGAUGUGAUACCGGACCUCGAUUCAGGAUCCGUAAUUUUGCUACAACCAGUGCUACUAUUACUGUUUCUAGGUGUUGUUUCUAGGGCUUGUUUGUACGUGUGUGUGUGCUACAAAGUGAUCAAUUGUGGUGCGGUGCAAUAGAAAUUUCGUAAUGAUGCGUGGUGUCAGUGUACGAAAAACGGGCGAGCAGAAGCGAAAAUAAAACCACCAUCCUGAUUAGUUGCUUCGUGACCUACCCAUACUCAGCGGUUUCCGUGACCACAAAACACACAACCGGACGUGGUGGUGCGUGCCACACUUGUAACAACCAUGAAAUGAUUAUAAACUCUACUCAGCGGAGCUCCGGACAACGACCAGAGCAGCGGGGACGCCCGCAACGUCGGCGGCGACGGCGUCGGCCCCGGCGACGACGGAGACGGCGGUGUUUGCGGUGAGGCUCCACCGGCCAGAGGUGCCAACCGGCGGCCCACAGCAAAGCGACCAAAAUGGCUGUCGCCGUGUAUCGGAGCACAACCAAAAGCACAAAGAUCACGCUGGCCCUGCUACAGCUGCUGGUGAUGUGCUUGCUGAAGGAGGUGGUGGCAGCCAAAAAUUACACACUCAAACCACGGGUAGUACUGCCGGAAGACUAUGUAAAAGAGGUUCGGCCACCGUCACAAAAGGGCAGCCCGGUUGUGGUAGAGUUCAGUAUAUUCGUGGUAGAUAUAAAUUCCAUAAAUGUCGAGGAUAUGGAUUUUAGAGUAGAUAUGUUCGUGCACCAGAAGUGGGUCGAGUCGCGGCUGGAUCUGCACGACGACAUUUUCGAGGAGGGCGACGAUCACGUGAUACUUCCGCCGGAGUUUUUCGAUAAUCUAUGGCAACCGGAUCCGUACUUUCUCAACUCGAAGAUUUCAGAAAUUGCAACACUUACGCACAAGUUCUCGUCGGUGACGCUGUAUAAAAACUCAACGGUACGGUACGCCUGCAUGAUGCACGCCAUCAUCGCCUGCCAGAUGGAAUUCCAGCUCUACCCGAUGGACAUCCAGAUCUGUCCGAUCUACAUCGAGAGCUUCUCGUACCACAACCAAAAGAUACGGCUCAAGUGGGCCGACAACGGUGUUACGAUCAAUCCGGAGCUGAAGCUGCUCCAGUACAACCUUGGCCAACCGCUACAGCUCGAGGAGACGGACGGGUACAUGCCGGAAAAGUAUGGGAACUUUUCACGGCUGGCCGUAUACUUUCGGUUCGAGCGGCAGAUUGGACACCAUCUAAUACAGACGUUUGCACCGUCCUCGCUGGUAGUGAUGCUGUCCUGGUUUAGCUUCUGGCUCGGGCUGGAUGCGAUACCGGGACGGGUUACACUGCUUGUCACCUGCAUGCUGACGCUCGUGACAAUGUUUACCGGGAUGCGGGCAGACAUACCUCCAGUGGCGUACGUGAAGGCGCUGGAUCUGUGGAUGGCUGGCUGCAUGUUGUUCGUGUUCUCUGCGCUCGGUGAGUUCGUCGUAGUUAAGGUGCUGGACGUGCAGUACCAGUAUCAGGUGAACAAGGUGCCGAAAGUGCUGCCGAUGCGUAUCAGCGCAAUGGAGAAGGGCCAGUGCGUGGGUACGGUGGCAAACUGGGAAGGCGGUACGGUGAAUGUGCGUCCCCGCAAACCCACCCAAACGCCAACGACCCCCGGGCAGGUGUCACUGCAAGGGAAUGGGGGGCCACAGCCACCGCUGCCGCCGACCAAGCAACCGACCCGCCGGCAAAGCAUCCUGUCCGUCGCCUGGACCGACACCGACACCGGCAUCGAGAAGAUUAUGUGGCGCGAGAUCGACAAGAUGUCGCGCGUUGUCUUUCCCGGUCUGUUUCUCGUCUUUGUCGUGCUUUAUUGGCCGAUCUUGAUUUUUAAGACCUCGUAAUGAGGGGGAUCAACGCUUUGCCUUACGGGACGCAUACACACACCUCACGCGCGAUGAUGCUGCUUCUUCCUACCGGCAGGCGGUCGCUCAGCGUGCAGAACCACAUGGUACCGUGCCGUACGGGACCGGCUCACCGGAGUGGUUAUGCACCAUGCGGAGCGGAAACAUUCUAAAACCCAUUGCACAAAACAUUAACAACACCGGUUUCUGCCAUCUUACCACACCAAAUGUAGCGUAAAGAUGCAUGUUUAAAAGGAUUAUUGUAAAGGGUAGGGUAGAAAGAUAGGCUACAAAGACAAGGUAAAGCUUUAUUACGUGUAAAGAAGGGAAACAGUGAGUAAACUGCUGUAAUUUGCUGUACCCGUUAUGAAUUAUUUUAAAAUCUUUCCUUUUCGCAAGCUACAACCCUUUGAAAAGGUUUUAGUACAAUAAACGAGGGGGUCAUAAAUGACUACUUUAACUACUAGAAUGUCUGGUGCGCUAUCAAUAGGCUCGCAGGCGAUCACGCAGCAGCUAGCAAGGACAAUAUCGUACGUGCAUUACUAAAGAGCAGAGAAUAAAAAAAACACACAUACACACUCACCCAAUAUUUCAUACAAGAUACAACAAAAACAACAACAAAAAUAUUGUAAAUUUUAAACGAAACGUUGUUAAGCUGUUUAAACCCAAAAAACACACAUACACACUCUAAAGAUGCACCGCGCGUGGCUAAUCUGCAACACAGUUAAGCAACAACGUUAGUAGUGGUGGUUGUAUAGCGUUCAUAUACAAAGGCAAGUAGUAGGAAUUUAAACAGCAGCUGUGAAAGCAAUAAGUACCUUAUACAUAUUUAAGUGCGAGUAAUGUUACCAAAAGAAAAAAGCGAGAAAACCAUAAUUAAAAGCAAGAAGUAACGAGAAAAAGUAACUUAACAAAACAACAGAGCAAAGAGCAAAGUAGAAACAACACAUAAAAGAAAGAGAAAGAUAAAC